UGGGCUUGAGGAAAAAGCACGUCGCCUCGUCUGGUAUGUGUUUGGGAAAACGCAACCGGACGUGUAAUACCACCGUUCAACCCUCUUCGUGUGGAAAAUUCUGGCUGCCCUGUCUCCAUGGGCAUACUGCCACCAGUCAGAACCAGUAUAGGAAAGGGAAUUGCACUCAACGAAAUUAGUAUUCCUCGUUUCUAGCGGCGAAGACCUCGUUUCCCUUGCGUUCGUUUUCUGUUCCGUGAUAUCACCAUAUUUUCUCAGUUUCAACAGCAUAUCGUUGUUUUUACCCAUCCUUCGUGUAGCUUACGUGACUUUCCGAUAGACCUAUUGCAGUACGCGCCUCAGAUUUAACUAGGCGUAGUAUUUCAGUUUCGUCUGGUGAAAUUUCAGACCAAUACAGCUGAUUUUUUGUUGUUGCUGUUUUCUAUUGUUUUUUUUUGUUGUAUUUUUUUUUACCACAAUUAACUUUGUCUUUGGUGAAAACGAUGGCGUUCACCCCAGUCAUUGAAGAGUCAGUUGGAAUGGAUUCACCUCACCAUCAACACGGCGAAGUUCUUCUUUCUCUACUUGCUCGUCACAAAAGUUUGGAAGCUACAAUCCCACGAUGUGCCGGAUGCAGUGGCUUUAUUCUUGACCGCUUCAUUCUCAAGGUGCUUGAUCGUCCCUGGCACACCGAGUGUCUCAAAUGCAUGGAUUGCGGUACUCAUCUAGUUGACAAAUGCUUCGUCAGGGGUGGUAGCACAUACUGCAAAGAAGAUUUCUUCAGGAGAUUUGGUACCAAAUGCGCGUGUUGCGAUCAAGGUAUCGCUCCGUCGCAGGUUGUACGCCGGGCACAACAACACGUUUACCAUUUAGAAUGUUUCCAGUGUCUUCUCUGUGGCCGUCAACUGGAUACGGGCGACGAGUUUUAUCUUAUGGAAGACCGCAAACUAGUGUGUAAAGCUGAUUACGAGUCCGCUAAGACUAAAGAAGGAGAAAACCCGCCGAAGCGACCAAGGACAACAAUCACAGCAAAACAACUGGAGACGCUAAAAUCGGCUUACAAUGCCAGUCCUAAACCAGCCCGUCACGUACGUGAGCAACUCAGCCAGGAUACAGGCCUCGACAUGAGAGUGGUCCAAGUCUGGUUCCAAAACAGACGAGCUAAAGAGAAGCGAUUGAAAAAAGAUGCUGGCAGAGCCCGAUGGGGUCAAUAUUUCCGCAAUGGUACUGGAGGCUCUAAUGGUGGCGCAAUUGGAGUCGGUAAAGAUGGUAGCAGAGCGUCUAAAAUUGAAGAUCUGAAAGAUGAUCUUAUCCUCGGUUUUUCCUCAGGUCGCCACGGAGGAUUGGGUUCGCACAAUGGUAGCAAUGGCAAUCCUUUGACGCCCAUGACAGGUGCUUCAAUGCCCGAUAUGGGUGGCAUGGCCCCAUUAGCUCCUGCUAGUGCAUCCAGUGACAUCAGCAAUAUGAGUAGCAACAGCAGUGAACGGAGUAGUAGCAGCAGCAACGGACACUAUCCCGAUUUUCCUCCGUCGCCCGAUUCAUGGCUUGGAGAUGUUACUGACGCCGCCAGCUCUGGACAACCUUUUUGAGAGUCUAAUAUGCAAAUUAGCGGAAUUUCUUUAGACGCACAUGUCGCAUGUUCGCUCGGUGACAAGGGUACUCCCUAAAGAUGAACGGGACUAAAGAUACUUUUUGAAAAGGAAUCGAGCAGUUUUGACCUAAAAACUAGUCAUGUACGGUGUUUUUCUCAUCCAACCGUCAAUCAUUUGGUGUUUGUUGUGAUCGGUACACUUAUGUUAAUUACAUGUGCACGUUUAAAAAAUGUCGUGAAACCUAUUGUAAAAUGAUAAGAUGCUUCACAUUAUUAUUGUCUCAUCAGGCAAAUUACUGAACUGGCUCCGGGCACAAUUACCACAACAAACCAAAAAUUGUAGUGUGUUUUAGUCAAAAAAGAUUUUCGGAAAAAAAAUCACAUUCUGUGUAACCCGCUAUAACUGUAUCAUUCGUCAUGGUUGAACGGUGUUUCCAAA